AUGACGUUGAAGGAGGAAUUCGCAACGCGCAACUUCAGCAUCUACGCACAAUGGCUGGGCAUCCUGUCCAUGAUCCUCUGCUUUGCCCUUGGCAUAGCCAACAUCUUCACCUUCGACUUCUUCAUCAUCCCCUUUAGCGUCAUCUGCCUGGUAUCCUCCUUCGUAAUUCUCUUCAUCGAGGUGCCGCUGCUGCUGCGCAUCUGCCCGACGUCGGCGACCUUCGACAACGCCAUCCGCCGCAUCUCGACAAACUACAUGCGCGCGGCCGCCUACGCCGUCAUGGCCAUCGUCCAGUGGCUCUCCAUCAUCCGCUACGCCACCUCGCUCAUCGCCGCCGCCGUCCUGCUCACCUUCACGGGCCUCUGCUACCUGCUUGCCGGCAUCAAGGGCCAGGCCUUUGUCGGGAGCAAGACCCUUGGCGGUGCCGGGGUUGCCCAGAUGAUUGUAUGA